CAGUUAAACGAGAGUCGGCGAUCGGCGAACCGGAUCUACCGAUGGGUCCGUUGAGAUAAAUCGUAGAGGAAAUCGGUGCGAUCCAUACUUUCGGAUCGUUGUGGGAGAAGCUCAACUGGAGGGGCAGCAAGAAAUUGGAGCUUCCCUUCAUUCUUUUGUUUUAGCUCCUUUUUUUUUUUGUUUCUUUCUUCAUUUCUAGGUUUUUCCUUUUCUUUUCCUCUGCCUUCGAUACGUCGGUGGAGAUCGGCGGAUUCCACCCAACUCAUCCGCGAUCGCAAGCCUAAAUCUUCGAAUUUUCGACUCGAUUUCCUGAAGAAAACAGUCGGAUUGGAUCAAGAAUAGAUCCAUGUCUAUAAGGUUGGCAUUUUGACUUUGGAUCGAGUGGGAUUCUUGUCUCGAUUAGAGAAUGGCGUGGUUGGGGAAGGUCUCAUUGGGAGGCUUCCCAGAUCUUGCCGGGGCGGUGACGAAACUGAGCGAGAGUGUGAAGAACAUCGAGAAGAAUUUUGAUAGCGCUCUUGGUUUGGAGGAGAAACCAGAAGCUAAAGCUGAAGGUUCGGGAGCAUGGGAAGCAGCGUCAGAAAGGAAAGGGCUUUUUGAUCUGGGGGGUUUUAUGGGGCAUAUAGGAGAUGGAAGUGCUCCUGAAGCAUCAGUAGAAGCAGAAUCCUUGGUAAAAGAAGAAUCAUCAGUAAAAGCUGAAACAUCAGUGAAAGAUGAAUCUUCAGAAUAUCCUUCAGCUUAUGAUAGUAUUACUAAUGAACGAUUACCUACAUCUACGGCGGAAACAAUUGCUUCUGUUGAGAUGGAAAAAGAAGAUUCUGAAAGCAAGGAUGAAAAUGUUGAUCCUCAUAAAGUAGAUAUUUCAUCUAAUGCACCUGGAGAACUUGAUGAAGACAGAGUUGAUGCUAAAUCAGAUCAUUCACAAGCUGAGAACAAUUUAUCUACUGCUAGGAGUAUUGAUGUAGUAGAUUCUGUUCUUACAUUACAGAAUAUAGCAGAUGCUGAGGUGGGAACCGUCAAUGAAUUACAGCCAGGAGAUUCCAUGCUAACAAGCACAGAUGGCUUAGAACGAAUUGAGAGCAAUGCCCCAUCUACACCAAAUGAGUUGCAUCAUAUAAAGGAUUCACAGGUAAAUCAAGACAAACAUGAGAUGGAACCUGAACAACUUGUUGAUAAAGGUUCUCCUGAUCAGGCUGAUGUUUUAAAUAAUGGGCAAGUGAGCCUUGAAACAGAGUUUUCAAGUGUGAUACCAGUUGGUAUGCCAAAGCAUGAAACUGCUGAAGAACAAUCUGAGGAUCACAUUCCAAAUUCUAUCAGCUCUGAGCAGGAUCCAGCAGUAACUCCUGAAUCUAUAUCUCAUGAUACCGAUGCAUCUAGUGAGUCAGUGGAAAUGAGCUUCCAAGGGAAGGAUCUUGAAACUGAUGAGAAGAAGCAGUCAUCGAGCACAACAGUGAAUGUACCAGGUUCCACAGAUCCUUUAGUUGAAACAGAGAAGGUGAAAAAGGAAAUGAAAAUGAUGGAAGCUGCAUUGCAAGGUGCUGCUAGGCAAGCCCAGGCCAAAGCUGAUGAAAUUGCAAGACUUAUGAAUGAGAAUGAACAGUUAAAAUCUACCAUUGAUGAUCUGAAGAGAAAAUCCACAGAAGCAGAAAUCGAUGCAUUACGAGAGGAAUAUCAUCAAAGGGUGGCAUCUCUUGAAAGGAAGGUUUAUGCUCUCACCAGGGAAAGGGAUACGUUAAGGAGAGAACAUAGUAGAAAAAGUGAUGCAGCUGCUCUUCUGAAAGAGAAAGAUGAGAUAAUCAAUCAAGUUAUGGCUGAAGGUGAAGAACUAUCUAAAAAGCAAGCUGCCCAAGAAGCAACUAUCAGGAAACUAAGGGCACAGAUCAGGGAGUUUGAGGAAGAAAAGCAAAGGCUCAACUCAAAGCUUCAGGUUGAGGAGUCAAAAGUGGAGAGUAUUAAAAGAGACAAGGCAGCAACUGAAAAGUUGCUGCAAGAAACCAUAGAGAGAAAUCAAGUGGAACUUGCUGCUCAGAAAGAAUUUUAUACCAAUGCACUUAACGCAGCCAAGGAGGCUGAAGCAUUAGCAGAGGCACGGGCCAACAAUGAAGCCAGAAUAGAGCUCGAGAGUCGCUUGAGAGAAGCUAGUGAACGGGAAGCUAUGCUGGUUCAAACACUUGAGGAGCUGAGGCAAACUCUGAGCAGAACAGAGCAACAGGCAGCUUUCAGAGAAGAAAUGCUCAGAAGAGAUAUUGAUGAUCUUCAAAAGCGCUAUCAAGCAAGCGAACUUCGUUAUAAUGAGUUGAUCACCCAAGUUCCUGAAUCAACCAGGCCACUUCUAAGGCAGAUAGAAGCAAUGCAGGAGACAACUGCCAGAAGAGCAGAAGCCUGGGCUGGUGUAGAGAGAGCCCUAAACUCUCGCUUGCAGGAGGCAGAAGCCAAAGCUGCGGCUGCAGAGGAAAGGGUGCGGGCACUGAAUGAACGUCUAUCCCAAAGUCUUUCUCGGAUUACAGUUCUAGAAACCCAGAUCACAUGUCUUAGAACAGAACAAACACAGCUGAGCCGGUCCCUUGAAAAGGAGAGGCAGAGGGCCUCUGAAAGCAGACAAGAAUAUCUAGCUGCAGUGGAGGAAGCUGCAACUCAAGAGGGUCGGGCCAAACAGCUUGAAGAUGAAAUUAAAGAGCUUAGAAGCAAACACAAAAAAGAGCUGCAAGACGAAGUGACACACAAAGAACUUCUGGAAAAGGAGCUAGAAAGAGAGAGAAAUGCGAGAUUGGAACUGGAAAAAGCUGCUUCUCGUGAACUUCCUGUUGCUGCCAAUCAAGACCCACGUAAACACACUAACCCUUUUGUUGAAAAUGGUAAUGUCCCCAGUCAUAAGCUUUCAAGUGCUAAGAGUCUGAGUAGCAUGGAAGAAAGUCUUUUCUUGCAAGCAUCUUUGGACUCAUCUGACAACUUUUUGUCUGAGAGGAGAAUAUCAGGGGAAACAAGCAUGUCCCCUUAUUUUCUGAAGAGCAUGACUCCGAGUGCUUUUGAAGCAGCACUUCGUCAAAAGGAUGGUGAAAUUUCAUCAUAUAUGUCACGCUUGGCUUCGUUGGAAUCGAUUCGUGAUUCUCUGGCUGAGGAACUGGUGAAGAUGACAGAGCAGUGUGAAAAGCUGCAAGCAGAAGCAGCUGUUUUGCCUGGCUUACGAGCAGAGCUAGAAGCCUUAAGGCGAAGGCACUCAUCAGCUCUGGAACUUAUGGGCGAACGUGAUGAAGAGUUGGAGGAACUCCGAGCUGACAUUGUUGACCUGAAGGAGAUGUACAGAGAGCAAGUUGAUUUGCUCGUAAACAGGAUUCAGAUGUUUAGUUCUUCUGCUGGUGCAUCUUAAUCAACCACUGGAUGCUUUUGUUGAUUAAAAUAUGGCAGUGCCAUUGUGCGGACUCAGAAAUUUGUACUAAUCUGUUUAGUUAAGCAUAUUAUUGGUCAAGCAUAUUAUUUGUCUGGCUGGAAUCUGUAACUGCGCAUUCAGACAACAGCUCUCAUGGAAAAGUCCUUUCUGCAGCCUCGUCACUUGUGUUCCUAGGCAGGAAGCAGUGUUGUAGAUUGAAAUGAAUAUGAAAUUCAAUUCUUCCAUUCUUGUCAUGUAACAGAAAAUUGUGUGCUUAUCCUGUGUAAACUUAAUCUUCUUAUAUGGAUUUUUACCAUUUUAUAUAAUACUUAAAUAGAAUUUUUUGUUUCCUCAAA